GUACGUUGAGCGCGGGAGGGAUUUCGGAUGGGAUCCCAAUGAGCCUGAGAAACCUCAAUGUUUUAGAAUAUUGCAAUAAGUUGUGGCCUUGUGUAAAUCCUUAAGGAUUAUGUUAAGUUGGACGUAUACGGGUGUAAAUACAAGUAUCGAGGGGGCAGGAGGUCAGAGUUGUAUUAAUUAUAUUACAACGAAAAGAAGGUUCUUCGAAUCUGCAUGUGUCUGCAUAACAUUCUUAUACACUCUCUAUUGGUCGUAUUUAAAAUUUAGUGUUGGAAAUCCUCGUCAUUCUAAUGAACAAACGAAGCUCAGACAGAUACUUCUUGUAUUGCACACGUUUGUAUUCGGGAUUGAAAUAGGCUUCAAGCUAGCCACUAGCACACUUAUUUGGAUAUUAAAUCCGUGUCACAUUAUAACCAUACUACAGAUAUUAUUUUUGGCUUCAUCGUCAUCUUGGCUUACAACUUUUAUUUUUCGAAUCCACUUACAUAUGAUGAAUGGUCCUUUGUUAGCGUUAACUUUCCCAAUAUUAAACACUCGUUUCCUGCCAUUCGAACAUGUGACCUACUUCGUGCAACAUAUUCUGAUUAUUUUAAUUCCUGCUAGCUUUUUGAAUCAGAGUAGUGAAUUUUCAGUUGAACCAAUUGAUGAUUUUUCAUGGGUGAUAUUUUCUUUAAGUAUACAGGUUCUGUAUCAUUUCUUAGUCCUACAACCUAUUGCUUUGAUGACAGGAAUAAAUCUUAACAAUAUUCUGUGCCCAGCUAUAAGCGACCCAUUCCCUGGCCCAAAUUAUCGUUUAUGGGCAGUCUUUCACCAGUCUGUUAUAAUAUUAGUACUGGGAAAGAUUUUUACUUUGUUUUUGCUUCGAUUAAAUACACGAAAGGUGCCUUGGUUAUGUCUGAAUCCCAAUAAACAUGAUCAGAAAUCUGUUAUAGAAAGAGUAUUUGAAUCUAGUUCAUCAAAUAUAUCAGGUGGCAAAAUCACCUCAUCUUGGUAUUGGCCUGAUCUAUCCCGAUAUCACACAUAUCUUGACACUGAUGCCAAAAACGAUGAAGUUGUAAGCAUAUCCGAUAAUAAGGAUUAUUAGAAGCUGUCACCUGAAUCGGUUAUUAUCUCUAUGAACUCACCAAAAGUAAAGAAUCUCCAUAUUUAUUUUGUUAUGCACUAAAUACCUCGUUUUCUCUUUUUCCAGUUCUUUCUUGCACAUGAUGAUUCCCCUUUUGAUUAUUAACUAAAUAUAUAUUCCAUUUUUGCUAUCACCGACUCAAAUAAAUAUUUGUGAUAACGAACUUAUUUCUACUCAGAGUGUAAACCUGUGCAAAUCAUUCUAGCAAUAUAUAUCUUACCAAUUGCCUUCAUCGUUAUUUUCCGUGGUUGUUAUUGUACAGUUUUUUGUUUGCUUAUUUUUUCAUGUGCAUGUUUACACUUCUACAGACAUCUCGUGAAUUAUACGAGAUCGUUUCAGGUAGUUACUCACCAUCAGUUUUCCAUAUUUUCUCUUUUUUUAAAAAAAAUAUUUGGGUAUUGUUUUAUAUUCUAUGUAAAAAAAAGUGAACCAGGUAAUAAUUAAUAAAAAUACUUAUCAGUUACUCGCAAUUAUCCAUUCAGUGAAU